AAUUGCUGAUCUUGCACGAUUUGAAAGGCGUUUUGUUCGAGCUUCAAGAAAGCUAUUUUAUAGUUGCUAAAGCUACAAGGUAGCAGUAGAACGAUGUCCAAGAGUCGUGUCAGUACUGAAGAAAUUGAGGCCAGGAAAAGAUUGUUUGAGAGUGAGCUACUGGAGUGGGAGAGGAAGGAGGACCCCCUCACUGCGUGGAGUGGCUACCUAGACUGGUUGGAGGGGAAGGGACUGUCUCGACACAGCAGCUACCAGCAUGCCGUGAAAGGAUGCCUCAAAUACUUCAACACUGCCCCACAGUUUAAUGGAGAGAUGCGUCUAGCCAGGAUCUACAUGAGUGCAGUAAGCUGCUCCACAGUGUGUGUGUGUGUGUGUGUGUGUGUACUGUCUCUGUGUUGUUUGCAGGCUGCCAUAUGCAAGGACCCUGUGAGUAUAUACAAGCACAUGCGGGGCCACGGUAUAGGCACCAAGUAUGCCUCCUACUACAAGGCCUUUGCAACCACGCUGGCAGAGAGAGGAGAGAGAGGGGAGGCCAUACGAGUACUAGAGGGGGGUGUUCAAGCCGAGGCACGACCUUUGAACCUGCUCACCCAAUUUAUCACAGAGCUGAAGGGUGGUCAGAUUAGCAAGACUGUACUGGACGACAAGUCUGAACGUAACGAUGGGUUCUACCGACAGUCUGGCAUUGCUGUCCAUUAUCAGAAGGAGCUGGUUUACCCUCGAGAUGGUGGAGAGAUAUCCCUAGAGCAUAUUAGAGGGGCUCUCCCCUGCUACGCCCCCUCAUUCUCCUGCUACGCCCACUCGUUUCCCCUAGGGGAGGAUGACAUGGACAUGACAGAGGCACAGCUGGGACACAUCACCGAGCAUGUACAAUUCAAGCAAAACCACCACUUACCAAGUGUUAGGACUCCCAGGGCUGAGCUGGUGGGCCUGUUAUCUGAUCAUCCACAAACAGACCCACCCCUCUCGGCCUCGAACAGGAAGAGGAUUGUCUCGGAUGAAGACAUUGAGCAACAACUGGUGGAACUCGUACUUGAGAGGGACAGGGAGAUGGCCGAGGGACACACCUCCACCAUGGGAGAUAGCCACGCCCAUAGCCACACCCCCAAUAUAGCCGGGGAUGAUUUAGAGAGAGAAUUGUUUGGUAACGUCAGCAAUGUGAUGAGUCAGCAAGUCUCCAAUCAGACUACAAAAGAAGAGAACCUAUCUGCAGAAGCUAGCCAACCACCGUCACCUCCGCCAGAACUGGUGGCUAACAAGGAAAACAUGAUCCAGUCGAAAACGCCGUUUGAUUUCACUCCAGGAUGUGCUGGUGGAGUCUCCAUCCCAAAGGCAGAGAGUGAUGUCCAUGAGUUAGUAGGUCGCCUUAACUUCAGUGAGGCAGAGCUAAGUGUCCAUCAGCUGAGUAUGCAUCAGAGGAGUGCUCACACGGCCGACCUCUUUAACACAUCACUGGAGUGUGAGAAGAGGGCAAAGCUAACCAAUGAACAGGAACAGUUUGAGAACGAGUUUGCCAACCCUGGAUAUGGUCCCGCCUACCAACCACCCUCUCUUAUCAACGAGAGCAGCUUUGGUGUGUUCCAUGAUUCUUGGGCCGCCAACAAAAGUGUUGGAUUUAGCAAGUCAGCCAUUAGCAAGUCAGCCAUUAGCCGGCCUGAACCUCAGAGGAGCAAUGUUAGUGGCCAGUCUGCCUUCUCAAGAAUGGACACAGCCCCCACCAAGAGAGUGGCAUUGCAAGUUCGUGGACCUGUGGUCAGAAAGCCCCUUCAGCCGCUCUCCAUGACAACAGACACCUCCCACUCUGAGGACUACUCCCUCAACUCGUAUCGCAGGCUUCCUCCUGGAGUGGACUCUCAUGUCAGCUUCCAACCCUCCCUCAUGGCUGACUCCUUCUCUGUGUGUGAAGACCCCACACACGAUCAGUCCAGCUUUGCCCCACACCGCAGGCUUCCUCCUGGAGUGGACUCUCAUGUCAGCUUCCAACCGUCACUCAUGGCUGACUCCUUCUCUGUGUGUGAGGACCCCACACACGAUCAGUCCAGCUUUGCCCCACACCGCAGGCUUCCUCCUGGAGUGGACUCUCAUGUCAGCUUCCAACCGUCACUCAUGGCUGACUCUUUCUCUGUGUGUGAAGACCCCACACACGAUCAGUCCAGCUUUGCCCCAUACCACGACUCCUGGGCUAAACCACCACCGCAGCAACCUUCCCACAGCAACACUGAUGGUGGAGGAGUGUACCAUGCUCCAGUGGGCGUGCCUCUAACGAAGGGACAGGGGAGUGGUGAUAUGAACCGCACCAUUGAUCAGAGCUUCACACAGUUCGAUAUCCCUCGACCCAAGGGGAGCCUCCCUUACUCUGCUGCCUCCACUCCAGCAGGACAGAGGGUCAAUCGCUCUGUGAUGCCCCUCAACAUGGACCUGUCAGUGAUCCCCUCACAUGACCCCCCGGCCACCACAGAGCCCCUCCUCUCCAACAAGCCCCCCCUACCAAGCCAGGGGGUCAUCAACCGGUCCAUAGUAGUAGUCCAACCACCCGCCAGUGCUGAUCUCUCCACCAUCACUGAAGAAUCAGAGAACUAUCGCAGCAGCCAGUCCAGCAGCCGGUUCACUGUCUCCUCUGGCAGUAGCAGGUUCUCCACGUCAUCAGCCAGCAGUCAGGGUACUGUAGAGCUCCUGGCUGAAGGGGUGAAUCCAUUCCAGCCAGCUAUAGUCAACAUGAUGCUUAACAAGGCCGGUGGUUCCGAGCGUAUAACCGUGAUAAUGGGGGAAGCCCCUGAUGUGAUGAGUGGGUGUAUGCUCGUGCUGAAGGGGGUGAAGUAUGCGUGUGUGGGUGUGGAUCGUGAGGUGGGGCUCACCAAACACUGUACGCUGAGACAAGAUGACCUAACUCUCAAGACCCUGAAGGUGUCGAGUGGGUCUCAAGACUGGGAAGUAUCAGUGCUGGAAUUACUAGGAACAAGACUGAACUCGCACAGUCUACAAGGAGCAGUGUCAUCGUUUGUCCAGGUGGAGACAGCUCUGAGGUUUAGACAAUCAUCAUUCCUUAUCAGUCAGUACCAUCCGUACGGCAGUAUACAGGACCUAACUAGCUCUACUAUCUUUGACUGCGUAUCCCUCUACCUCACCUGUGAGCUGGCUACAGCAGUGGCUGCUCUGCAUCAGUGUAAGAUACUGCACACUGCCAUUGCACCACACAACAUCAUGAUCAGGGACUUGAGGAUGUUCCAGGAUGUACGGAGUGCUCUGGGGCAUGGUGUGUGUCUAUUGGACUUUAGUACUGCUGUGGACUUGACCUGUUUCCCUGAUGACGUCAGUUUCGUGGGGAGUGGGAGAACAGUUUGCCCUCAAAUGAAGGAGGGGAAGCCCUGGAAAUGGCAGGUGGACUACUUUGGGCUGGCUGGUGUAAUCCACACGCUGCUGACUGGCACAGGCCUUGUGAUGUAUAAAGACAAUGGUGUCUAUCAUCUGGAUCAUCCAUUACCAAGGAGACAUCGUGCAGUACUGGGCCAGUUAGUAGAUGUGUUGGUCAACUCUGUGGACACUCUACCGUUAAUGGAACUGAUUCAACCCAUACAAGCACAGUUACUGACCACACCCAACAAGACGUUCCGUAGAGAAGUGCAGCAAUGCUACAAGAGCUAGCCUGCUGACAGUGCAUGUGACUUAUUCAUUCACAAUUAGAAUUGUUUUCUUGAUUGUAUAUACAUGUAUGUACGUAUCAAUACCAUGAUUGUUGUGUUCAAAAUGUCAAAGUUAUAAUGUGAUAUUAAAUGAAUAUGAGAAUUAA